AUGGGUCGGCGAAGGAUCCAGAAGGUUAAUCCUGUAUUGGAAAGGCCUUCAUCUUCAGUUUCUCCCGAGCUUGGAUUUCAAGAUGACAACAUCGAUGAGCCCAGUGAUGACACUGCGGAUGUGAUUAAUGCAGCAAGUUCGUUGAUAACGUCUGCAAAGAAACGGGGUCCACGCAUAACAGUUGUUGAAGAUGAUUCUAACCUUAUUGCUUAUUUGGAGGACAAAAUCACAGACGCAUUUCAAACAGUUUACACUACUACAUUUGGGUCUGCUGGCUCGAAUUAUGCUAAUGAUAUGCUUCAAGCUGCUUUCAAUAAGGUAGACGAGCAAGGUGAAACGAAUAAGCCUAAGAUAAAGAAGAUAUUUUUUGAAAAGAUCGAGUAUAGGUUGUGUUUUGUGGUUGAAUCACUAACUUCUAUCGAUAACCGACGUAGAAUCUUUCGAUUUCUCGCAAAAUUCUCUGUGAACCAGUGGAGGAAAGGUGUUCCCGAUUUCAUUGAUUUUGUUGUGCGGUUUUGUGAAGAGUUAUCGUUUUGUGAAGAUCCGGCUGUGAGACAAAACAUCUGCACUCUGACGGGUUUUGUGCUUGGGGAAGGUAGGGGCCACGACGUGAUUGGUACGGCUCGUGUUCUCUCUGUUCCUAUCCGACAGAAAUUGUACUCGAUUCUUCUUGAUCGACAGUUAGAUAAGUCCAGUGCUGUUCGUAGGGAGGUUAUCCUCUCGGUAGCAGAUAUCCAAGACGAUGAAAUUCCUAACGAUUUUCCUGAAGCGCUAGAAAGAAGUCCCAAAGAUGUCAUCUUAAUGGGGCUGCGUGAUAGUGUUGCCGAUUGCCGAUUAACUGCAGUAUUUGCGCUUAACAUUGUUGUUCCUGAACACGCUGAUUUCCUAAUUGAACUCGCAUCUUGGGACCCAGCAACUAGCGUCCGUGUCGUUGCCAUUGGGCAACUCGCUAAACUCCCUCUAACAUUCUUAUCCGAACAACAACGCAUGGAUUUACUUCGAGGAAUAAUUUUCGAUGAUGAAAUCCCUAUUAAAGAUGCUGUCCAUAACGUCCUCCUAUCAGAAUGGCUAACGUUUAUUCAUCGAGUUCAGGAAAAAAGGAAUCGACGUAGAGCAGAGUGUAUUGACGGAUCUGUACCAGUCAUAAAACAAGAAAUUGAUGAGUCAGCCAUAAUGAACUUGUCACAAAACUUACGAGACAUGAAAACGGAUCAUGGCUUUGGAUCUGCAGCUCAAGGAUUGCUUUCUAUGCUAGACUUUUGUGACGAUCCUGAAGCGGAGUACCUGGCGCGCUCGAUCUUAAUCGUGGUUUUCGAUGUGAUACGAGAGAAGCUUCUAGUGGAACGUAGCCAUCUUACUCACUUUGUGUCCUCACUCGUCAAUGACAACACGUUCCCAGAGGUUCUGUCAACGCACAACUACAGAAGCAUAUUGGACAAGAGUCUAUCCGGAACAGAUCAGGCACAAUACGCGUUCUUUUGGCGGAUUCUCAUCGAAUAUUGUUCGGAGCAAGCUGAGAAUGAAACAGAACGCCUGGAAUGCAUCUACAUGUUGGCACCUCCUCUCGCUGAGAUGUGCGAAAUGAUACAGAAAUUGAAGACCUCUUAUGAACCAUCCAUGGAUAUUUAUUGUUGCGAUGAGGGUGCAGCUCAAAUAUGUGAUAUUCAACAGGUGGCUAUCUUACACUUGCUUGGGAUUCUUCGUCAUCUGGAUCACAAGGAUCACAUUGGAAUGAGCGAAUGGAGGUGUCUACUUCUUCUUAUUUUACGAGAUCACAUUUGGUCAAAAGAGAUCACCGACUGUGCGAUGGUGGAUCUUGCUGAGUUUUUCUUCGAUGAAAAGCCGGAACAGUUUCUUGCAACUUUAUAUGAUGUUACGGCUGAAGUAAUUGCGACACCUGACAAUUCUUCAGCUACUAAGGAGAACAGCACUCCUCAUACAUCUCCUUCAAAAAGACCAAGGAGAUCACUAGAUUUGCGCAAGGAGGACGAUCACACGAAGAGAUUCUGCAUACAGUUGACGCACUCGAUGUUGCGCACAGGAGCUUUUACCAAGUUCAGUGCUAUUCUGCAGAAGGUUUACGAUGAUAUUAUUAGCGCAUGCCUUCUUGCACAAGGCACUCAGCUUCGUAUUUGGGCUCUAGAGGCCGCUGGAAUUCUUGGAGCGUUGAAUCAAGGAAUUGCGAAUGAAGUUUUGUCCAAGGCAUCAGAAACGCUAAAUAGUGAGGAAGAGACACUAAAGAUGUCGAUCAUUGAUGUAGUUACGGAUUUAAUAGCUGUUCAUGGAUCCCAGGAUGUUCUAAAGUGGUGCAAUAACGCAUCAGGAGAUGCUGAAUCGGAAAGGGACUUCGUCAAUGAUUUAAUCGAUAUUGUUACUUGCAAGACGACAGGACCACUGCUAUGCAUGAAAACGUGCGAAUGUCUCGCCAAAAUUGCACUUGUAGAGAGCUUUUCAAGUACUGAGCAUUACAUAGUCGAAGUGCUAGUUGGAUUGAUUUCAAGGAUGUUCCAUUCAGUUACAUCGAAACUACCAGCUGUGAAAAAUUGCUUAGAACGUUUCUUUGCCAUGUUUCCAACAGUAAGCAGAACCAAUUACUUAUGGUCAUGA